GCGCUUUCCCAUUGGCCGACGGCCCUUGCGGGGCGCACGGCGGCGGCGCGCGGCCAGUUGCGGGUCGGCGGGAUGUCGGGGCCGAACGGGGAGCCGCACGUGCCGCUGGGCGCCGAGGAGGAGGAGGAGGAGGACGGGGACAGCUUCGGGGAGGAAGAAUAUGCAGCAAUAAACUCCAUGCUGGACCAGAUCAACUCCUGCUUGGAUCACCUGGAGGAGAAGAAUGAUUAUCUACAUGCCUGCUUGAAAGAACUGCUGGAGUCCAACCGCCAGACCCGCCUGGAGUUCCAGCAGCAGAGCGAGCAGCAGAACAUUGAAGCUGAUAUGCAGGGAUCACAGCCUCCCACCUAGUGUGCUGGCCACAAACUCCCAGUUGGUAUUGCUAAGGUGACAUUUACCAGUCACCGAUUUAACGUAAAACUUGAAUAGAAGAGGUACCUCGUGCCUGUUACUUUUUCCUUCCUGUGGUUGUGUCCUGCCAUUCAUCUCCAUGUUCUGAUUUUCUUUAGCUGUGUGACAGGUGCAGAAGCCCACAGGUGGAUGUAGGAGAGUUGGUUCUUUUUGCUCCCCACCAUGAGCCUGGCACUGACACUUGGUUAAAGCCGGCUGUAGGAAGCCUGAUGCGACGCAGGUAGUUUGCCAGCAGGCCCUCUUCACAAAGAAGAAAAAUGAUCUCUGUGCUGUUAAAUCCAAGCAAUGAGUGUUAUGGCUCUAGCCUCUUCCCUCAAAAAACACAGUAGGCAGGGGCUGUCCUGACUCCAGGCUUGCCCCUGAGUGUAACCGCUGACAGACUUUGAGAGGGGGGCGCUAGGCCAGCUCCUGCCUUGAAAGUACAGCUUCCCCAUUUUUCACAUUAACUGUGAUGUAAGAAAUACUGGCAGAUGGUCCCAGAUCACUGGACACCUCUCUUCGCUUCCAAGCACAGGGUGAUGUUUUUGAGUGUUACAAUUGGAAGCUACCUAACUCCUUGAGCUGCCAUUAAGGACUCAGGUGUUAGAGAGAGGCACGGCAGCCUGGUUAGCCCACAGUGCAGCAUUAGCUCUGCACAGCAAAGAGAGAGGGGUCUGCCUGCUGUGGGCUGCAAGCAGAGUCCUCCCCUACGUUUUUACAAGAGAACACAUGAGCAUAGAAUGAAACUUUGUGAUCCUGUCAGGAUGGCCUGGGGCCAGCACCGUGAUCUUCUACUUCUGUAAAGUUAAAGGAGGUUUUGUUGAAAGUUAAAGAGGUUAUUUAUAAGAAAUCUGUUUUAUUAAAAUCAAUUUGAAACAAAAUUUGUUCCUGAGAGUCUCCACUAUGAGAACUGACUGUAUUAAGCCUUGUAGUAUCAACAGAAGACCAAGAUGCACAUUCUUGCCUAGCUUAGGACACAGCAUGUGUCCAGGAGGGUGCAUCUUUGAAAGGAAACUGCUCUGAGGAGCAGAAGUGAGCACAGAGUCUCCCAAGAGAUAAACUUUUCCUCUGCCUGAAAAGGAAAUGAGAGGAACUACAAAGAAUUCUUAGUGAAAAG